CGGGGCGAGACGGGGGAGGAGCCCAAUGGGGAUUAAGCGGCGCAGCAAUCCAGUGGUGGAGCAAGAUGGCGCUGGUGGCGGGGCGGAAGACCUUUGCUGCAGGGAAGACCCUGCUGCUGCGGGCGGGGGUCUGGCUUGGCGCUGAGGCGGCGGCCCGUGGCGGGAAUGGCGCGCGACGCUUCGUGAGCCAGCGGGUCUUGGUGGAAUCGGACGUGACCGCAGGAAUUGCUACAAUAAAAUUCAAGAACCCUCCAGUGAAUAGCCUUUCCCUGGAGUUUCUGACAGAGUUCAUCAUCUGCUUGGAGAAGCUGGAGAAUGACAAGACCUACCGAGGCCUCAUCUUAACUUCGGACUGUCCUGGCAUCUUCUCAGCUGGCCUGGACUUGAGGGAGAUGUGUGGGAAGAACCUAGCCCACUAUGCUGAAUACUGGAGGGCCAUACAGGAGACGUGGCUGAAGCUCUACCUGUCCAACAUGGUCCUGGUUGCUGCCAUCAAUGGAGCUUCCCCUGCAGGAGGCUGCCUGAUGGCCCUCUCCUCUGACUACCGGGUCCUAGCUGACAACCCUCGUUACCGAAUAGGACUAAAUGAGACUCUGCUGGGCAUCGUUGCCCCCUUCUGGUUUAAAGACGUCCUUGUGAACACCAUUGGACACCGAGCCGCAGAGCAUGCCCUGCAGCUGGGGCUGCUCUUCCAACCAACAGAGGCCCUUCAGGUGGGCAUGGUGGACCAGGUGGUUCCUGAGGACCAGGUACAGAGCACAGCACUUUCAGUGAUGACUGAAUGGCUGGCCAUUCCAGUUCUCAGGUUUCUGUCUGAAUGCUUGAGAAAGAUUGGGAAUGACCCCACUGUCUCAGCAACCUCAUUCUCCUUAGACCAUGCUCGGCAGCUGACCAAGAGCAUGAUGCGGAAGGCCACAGCAGACAACCUGAUCAAACAGCGGGAAGCUGACAUCCAGAACUUUGUCAGCUUCGUCUCCAGAGACUCCAUCCAGAAGUCCCUGCAAGUGUACUUAGAAAAGCUCAAACAAAAGAAACACUAAGGCAAGAUUGCCACACAGCUUCUCCUGUGAUUCCAAGGGGAUUUUAAACAAAAGUAGUUUUCAAUUCGCUCACCUCUGUUUUCCUGAUCUUACGAGAGUCCCAUCUCUUGUGGCCCACUAUCAUAAGUGCCUUUGUACCUGGUGUGGGAAGGCUAGAGGGCUUGAAGAGCAGUGUUUGGAUUUUGGAUUUAAUGACAGGUGGGUCCUUGUGGGUCCAGACAAGACACUGUCUGGUUUCCCAACACAGCAUUAUGAAUAAAGUCUUCAGGUUGUAUCAUCCCUAA